AUGGACCUGAUCGAUGCAUGUAACCGGAUAAAGAAUGCUUAUGUUGACGAAUUGGCCACAAACAGCGCUUUGAUCUUGGACACCUGGAGGUACUUGACCCACGUUUUGCAGACCAGUCUCUUCAUUAUCACUGAAGAGGGACCUGCACAAGAAAAGGCAGGACACAGUGUGGUCUCACAGCCGCAAGUGGUCUCCUGGCCCAACGGCAGUGGUUGCAAUAUCAGCCCGCCAUCCUCUCAUGUUGCUCCUGCCUGCGCAAGCAAUACGCUACCGCAACCAACACUGCCUCGCCCUGGAUGUUCCAUUGUCCCUGUUCCGGGAGAGAAGCCCAUCUCGAAGCUUUCCCGUCGAGACAGGGCAUUCAGAAAUGUCCAACAUAACGCCCAAAAACGCGAAAAAAUCCUUACUAAGACCAACAUCAGCAGAAUUCUCUCUCGGCGGAUCACGGAAAAUCCAGCAGCUCGUGCCAGUGGCGAUUUAGCAGGAAGAAAACGACAUGGCCUUGACCGAAUUGCGUUCUUUCUGGAGGGGUUCUUCGGAGCAAUAUAUCUCACCGAGAGAUAUGAAUCCUACAGAGACAAAUCGCGUGAGGAGAAGAAUGAAUGGAGAAAGGGAGGAAAGCCUAAGCAUGUGUACGAGGAAUUCGCAAAACGCGAAGGUAUAAUCGAUUCGGACCUUCGGCGCAUUCUCAGACUUGGACAGGUCUUGCUGGCGGUAUGGUCUUCCCGUGACCAUGCUCUUCUCCUCUUAUUUGACCAGCUUUCUACAUUGCGUGAAUUGAGCGUUAAAGACGCGGAGAGCCUUGUUCUAUCGUUGCGCGAUGAGCCCUCAGUGGUGGAAAUUACCAGAAAGCUGAACACUUCGGUCGAAGAAGCAUAUUGUCAAUACCGAGAGUUUAACAAAGAACGCUGUACCGCCAAAAGGAGGGCAGCCAUGGUGGACGCGAUCAAUGCAAUUAUGAAAGCAGACAAAUAUGCAAACCGCAUUGAUGAGAGUGAGGAUGAAGGCGACCCUGGUUCCGAUAAGAGCGAAGAUGAAGACGAUCUGGAGUCUGAUGAAAGCGAAGAUGAAGACGACCUGGAUUCUUGUGAUAGACUGACCUCCACAACAGCAUCGCCAUCUACUCCCGGCGAGGAUGAAGAGUUUUCUACUCCAACCGCUGCUCUUCCCGACCCUCUGGGUUCACUACCAUCACAUCAGACCUCAGUACAACUUGGGGACCCUAGUCAUGUCGGUGUCGUCGAUGAACAUGCCGGUGCAGGGAUGGAGUCGUUAGUUGCGGCUGCUCUUCACUGCCAGCAUCUGCAACAUGACUUUACUAACACACCGAAAAUCAUUGCAGAGAACUCGCCUGAGAUGGGCUUAUUCGAUCAACUUCUACAUCAAUCAGAAAGUAAUCGGCAGCAACUGUAUGUGCUAGAUGAUAUUUCGAAUGGUAGGGAGCCGCCACGUAAGCGUCUUUGCCUAGGUCACCCGAUCAAUGGAAACACCGCCGUACCUACGCAGAACUCCGAGUCUCAGACAGCCAUAAUCGACAGUUUGACGUCGAUCGCCGCCCAGGGACGCCUUCAUUCGAGUCAGACGAUAACUCCUCCUGCGAACACUAUAAGCUUCCCAAGGACCUCGAUGUCUUUCCAGCAGAAUGAUGCGCUAGAAGACACGAGCCAAGAUGUCAAUGCCUAUAAUAACUGGGACGACUGGAUAAGGGAUCCUGACCUUUUGACCGAGCUCGAACUCUCCCUUCCUGCCAGCCACACGGACCAUUGGGCAUGA